AUGGCUUCGGGUAGCAACAAGUUUGCAGGGCUGGACGUGGACGACACCGAGCCCACAUCCGCCGCAUCCGCUGCCGGCGCAGACCCCGCCAAGGCCGCCAAGAACAAGAAGAAGAAGAGCAAGAAGAAGGAGAAGAAGCAAGCCGACCGCAGCGAGAAGGCUCGUCAAUUGAUGCAGGACCUGGAGCCGGGAUUCAUGGGAUCGCUGACGCCAGAGAUGGAGACGGCGCUGAAGGAAUUCAAAGCCAAGUUUGCCGCACAGAUUGCAGAGUUCAAGCUGACCGACCACGACUGUCUGCGCUACUUGCGUGGACGAGACUUUGCAGUGGCUGAGGCAGGCAACCUCAUGCUCAAGGCGGAGCGCUGGCGAGCAGAGUACCGCCCUCAGGAGAUUCCAAUCACCGACUGCGCGUACUGGCUCGAGGGUCAGGUUUCGAUGCACUGCGAAGCGCGCGACCGGAAGGGCCGUCCCAUCCUGCUGACACGCGUGCAGCACUGGAGCAAAAAGGACACCAACUACGGCGCCGGCAUCAUCAUGUACUGCAUCGAGCGGUCCAUCAACCAGCUCAUGACGCCCGGCCAGGUCGAAAGCUUUACGUACAUUUUCGACAACACCAACUUUUCCUGGCUCCAAGCGGACAACGGCGUUAUCUUUACCAUGCUCAAGAUGUUCAAGGAGGUGUACAUUGAACGAUGUGGAGCGCUGAUCAUCAUGAACGCGCCUUGGAUCUUUGGUGCGUUCUGGAACUUGGUCAAGGGCUGGUUGGACGCCCGAACCGCAUCCAAGGUCAUCUUCCUUGGAGGCGACUACAAGGAAAAGAUCCAACUCUUUGUCGAUCCUUCGCAACUGCCCCCAGAUCUUGGUGGAACUUUCCAGAGCAACGCGAAGGCUUGGACGCGCCCUGAAUUGCGCAAGGCUGGCAUCGACUUGCCUGAUAGCCAAGCUCUCGAACGUCCGAAGGACAUGUCUGCGAUAUUGCGCGCCAUCAUCAAAGGCGCGCCUGCCGAAGCAGCUGCCCCGCCCACUCCAUCUCCCGACGCUGUGGCUGCUCUUUCUGCAGGCCAUUCCGGCGGUUUUGUUGGCGACGACGAUGACGACGACGAUGCCGAUGAAUGA